AGUAAACCCGCGAUACCCAAGCAGGAACCAUGUAACGUGAUUUCAAAUUCAUUUUACAGAAGAAAGCUAUUAUUAUAAUAUUAUUAUGAAUAAAACACAUGUGAGAUAAAGGAUAUAAUGCGUUUUAGUGACGUUCCACAGACUCGUGCGACGCUCUAAACACGACAAGAACAAAUCCAAAGUUUAAAUGUUGCACUCACGCGAGCUAGUCCGUUGUUUCUGAAGAAAGUCCAAAAGAAGAAAAUGGAAGAUGUCGUCAUGGAAUCGGACUCGGUCGAGAUGUCUGGACCUGCACCAGAACAACGGGUCUCUGAUGCUUGGGAGACCGUCACUGCAGCGCUGAUGUCUCCAGGCUGCUCGGUGGUGGAUCGGAGCCUCUCGGAGUCUCUGGCCCUGCUGUGUGGUCAGGGUCUGGGCCGGCUGCUGGGCGGCUGGCUGCUGGAGACUCUGCAGACGCGUCUGUCCUCCUCUGUGGUUCCCGAGUUCUGGUCCGGACUCAAACAGCCGGAGAACGAGCUGGAGGAGCGAGGCCGGGCCUGGGUUCUCCUCACCGCCUUUCGGACUCUGUUGGACCGCCUGGAACCUUUUCUGGGUGGUCUGAAGAAGCUGGGGUCGUGGCAAGACGAGGGCCGCGGUCUCAGUCUGUGUGGCCCCGGACCCGGGGGCCUCCAGGAUCGGGCCUUCACCAUCAUCAGGGCCCUCCUCCUCUUCUCCCCCUCGCCCGUUCUGCAGGAGCGAGUGCUGGAGUUCUACAGCAGGACCUUCUCCGUCUACAUGCACCAGGAGGGCCAGGCCGAGGACGGGGCCGAGCUGCAGGACGGCCCCGAGCGGGGGGUCUGUCCGGGCUGCGGGGUCCCAACGCAGCAGUGCUGGUGUAAGGAGGCCCUGGAGCAGCUGCAGGACCUCAGCCACAUACUCUCCAGACUGCAGCUGCUGGAGUGGGUCAGCUCCGAGGCCGUCACCUCCAUCCUGCACAAGCUCAUCGAGCAGCGGAUGGAGCAGCACUGCAGAGGAGAGUACGAACGCUCCUUCCUGCUGGAGUUCCAGGAGUGGUUGGAGCUGGUGCUCGGCUGGCUGAGCAAAGUGUUUGCAAGUGAGGUGGACAGAGACGGUCCUGUACCUGCUCCCGGUGAUCCCGGUGCUCCCAGCAUCCAGCCCGGCAGCUCCGUCCUGAAGCAGUGGAGAUGCCACAUGCACCAGUUCUUCUGCAGGAUCUACGUCAACAUGAGGAUCGAGGAGCUCUUCAGUAUAAUCAGAGAUUUCCCAGAAUCCAAAGCGGCCAUCGAGGAUCUGAAGUUCUGUCUGGAGAGAACCAACCAGAGGCAGCAGCUCCUCACCUCCUUAAAGUCUGCUUUUGAGAGCCGUCUGCUGCACCCGGGAGUUCACACGUCCGACAUCCUCACGGUUUACAUCUCGGCCAUCAAGGCCCUCAGAGAGCUCGACCCGUCCAUGGUCAUCCUGCAGGUCGCCUGCCAGCCGAUCCGCAAGUACCUCCGGACUCGGGAGGACACGGUGAGGCAGAUCGUAGCCGGCCUCACCGGAGACGCCGAGGGCUGCACUGACCUGGCCUCGGAGCUGUCCCGAGGAGACCCGGUGACUCUGGAGAUGCAGGACAGCGACGAGGAAGGCAACGACCCCGAGGACUGGAGUCCGGACCCGACCGACGCCGUCCCCGAUAAGUUGGGCUCUAAGCGGCGUUCGUCCGACAUCAUCAGCCUGCUGGUCAGCAUCUACGGCAGCAAAGACAUCUUCAUCGACGAGUACAGAGCCGUGCUGGCCGACCGGCUGCUGCACCAACUCAACUACAACACGGCCAGGUAGGGCUCGGGUUAGGAGGUACCGGUGACCCGG